AGUACUCCGUUGCGCUUUCGUCACUUAGGUUCAGUGUGUUAAACGUGAGAUACGUGUGCUUUGCUUUUUCAUUUAUUGUUUGCGUUGUACUUUGCAGCGAUAGAGAGGGAGAGAGAGUGUAUAACAAUAAUAACAUCUCGUGUAUCAUUCGGUAAAUAUUAUUACGGUGUUUCGCAUAUAUUAUUUGGCCAUUGAUUUUUAACUUUGUUGCGCACAACGAAAAAUCUAAUGUAAUAAUUACAUUGCAAGUGAAAUAUUUCCACUGUAAGAAAGAUUUCAAAAUUUAGCUGAGCCCGCUUGCAUCGUUAUCAGAUAAACGUGACAGUUAAUCAUUACGUGAAGUCUGGUUUUUGUGAUGAAAAAAAAAAUCAACCAUAGUUAAUGAAAUGAAGGGAAAACUAAAGUGUGUGCAGUAUUAAGAAAUCAAGUAAAAAAAAAAUAGAACGGGGAAAUUUUGUUAUUGAAGAAAUCUGCGUGGUGCGAUUUUUGAGUGCCUGAUUGGUGAAGCUCUACGGAAGAUCAGUAUCAAUAGUCAACUGACAAUAUCCAAGAGGUGACAGCGAAAAACAUUUCAUCUACAAUAGUUUUGUGUGAAGAAAUUCGUAAAAAUCGGAAUUUACAAGAGUAAAAACGAAGUAUAAGAUAGAAAAAGUGUUUUCGUGUUAAAAUUUGCACAACGAACGUAUCGUAAAUGAUCGAUAGUGAGAUUGACACUUUGUGAUGGGCUACCGUUUGGUAUCGUCUUUACAUUGUAAAAGAAAUCGCCGCGUGUUUUCGAUCAAAUAAAGUCAUCGGUCAAGGCGGUACACGUGAGUGAAAACGUUUUUGGUGAUCCUGAAGGGGUCACAUUUGGCAAUCUGCAUCUGUAUACGCAUCCGAGGUGCUGUUGCACGGUUUGUCGUCUGCGCUCCAGUAAAUUCUUCGGCAUCAAUGGAAUCAUCAUCGUCAAACUCCAGUUUCUUACUUCGAAAACCAUAUUUGAAUAGUGUUGGGUUUGGCGACUUUGGUAUAACUUCAAUAGCUGGCUCCAUACAGGGCGACAACAUUGUGAGCCCAGCCACCACAUUAACUCAAGCUGAACUUGAAGAAUAUAGUCGACUUCAGUACAUUCACCAUCAGAAGCAAUCAUCGUAUGCUCAAUCGGAAGGCUAUCACAGCUACGUUUCGAGCACGGACUCAACGUCAGCAACACCAUUUCUCGAUCGACUGCGUCAGGAGAGUGAAUUAUUGUCAAGAUCAUCUUCACAACAUUGGUCGCAGUCCGAUUUGCAAUUGUACGCCUCCACAACGAACAUAGCGACCGAUAAUGAUGCAGCGCCAGUGCAUUGUCCGGACAGCAUAUCAUCGACGGAAACAUUAAAAUGGUUAGGUUCAAUGAGCGACAUAUCUACAUCGAGUCAUACAACAAAUACUUCGCAUAUUUCGGUUUCAGGUUCAGCACCGCACUUAAUUGCACAUAGUUCAAGAGUUAGGGUCCACCGUUCCGAAAGUGCUUUGUAUAUGAGCGAUGAUCAAAUACUAUCAGCCAAAUCUAAUAAUAUCAAGACAGAAGGAGAAUCAGAACAAUCUAGUCGAAAUAAUCAUAGAUUGUUUCCCGUGGACACAUACAGAGAGACGAACACAUCGCCCGAACCGAAGCUCUUCCAUAAUAAUCAACAAUCGGAUAAGCCGCCAAUCAGAUCACCAAACGGUCAAAAUUGGCAGUCGGUUGCCGAUCGAAUAAACGAGCUUGAGCGACAGAAUCAAAAUAGCAAUAUCAGUAAUAAGAGUAUUACAAAUAACCAAAAAUAUACGUAUUUGGAUCCAGCAAAAACUACGCGUGUACCAAAUAUGACUUUAAAAGCCUUUCAAAAGAAUGCCGUUCAAUCAUAUUUUGAACGACAACAACAGCAGCAACAACAACAAAUAUCACCUUUGAAAGACAAAUGUACGAGUCAGCAAACAGCCAAACUUAACUCAAGUCAUAUGGUUAAUGGAACGAAUGGAAGCAUUGCAUACGAGAAUAAUGUGAAAUAUGGUGCAACUAGAAACAGUAACGAAAUUAGUUCAAAUGGCACCAGUGUGAUACGGCCUCAAUCUUUACCUACGAAUAAAGUCAGUAUAUCAAUGGAAUUGAUACCACAAACACGACUUUCGUUGCCCAACAAAUUGUCGCAAAUUAUCAACCUUACAACACAACUAUCGGCCCAGAAACAAGCAUCAAAUGGUAGCGUCAGUUUGUUACAACGACAAGGUGACCGAAUAAACAGCCCCGUAAAAUCGCCAGCAAACCAAACAUACACGACCAUACCGGUUGACAAAAACCAUUUGCAAAGUAUAAACGAAUCCGGAGUUCCUCCACCACCGCCGCCUCCGAGAAGAGUAAAUGUAAUGCCGGUUAGAAGAACGUCAUCCGCUGCUGAAUAUUCGGCAUAUCGUGAUCAAAAUGUUCUCAAACAACAUUUCUCCAAUGAUUUACGCGGUGCAGUUGUCAUGGGCCCAAUUAUAUCUCUAGAUGAAUGGAUUCCAGAGAGACCACCGAAAAAUCCAUCGCUUCGUGUUCCUAGUCCCGAUUUGCCACCACCUCCAUCACCCUUGGCAAACAAUCAAUGCAAUCUUAUCAUUGAACAUCAAGAUGAUCCAUUACCACCGCCACCGCCAGAAAUUCUGCGGCAAACAUCUGACCCGGAAAACAAACUGAAUACAGCCAAUCGAAGAAAUAGUUUUGCUGGACAGCCGACGACACGAAAACCAUUUAUCAAAGCCAAUAAUUUUGAGAAUUUAUCGCCUCCCUUAUUGCCGCGUAAGCCAAAUUCAACGGAUCUCUUUAAUCCGAGACCAUUUUCGAGUAUGCGACAACCGCACGGUUUCCAAGUGAAGAAGGCCAUUCUACAAACGCAACAGGCCAUUAAAGCGAAAAACAAAGUGAUAAUGAAUGGUCGACUAGAGCAGCCAAUUGUCAAUCGAACACCAUCCAACGAAAAUCGAGCUUCGAUGCGCAUGCGGAAGCGCAGCCACAAUGCUCUUAUGUCAGUGGCAACUACUGAUGAUAGCAAUCGCAUUGGGAGCAACUCUAAGGCGUCCUAUUUGCCGCGACAAUCCCACGAAAAGCUCACAUCCGAUCCGGACCAUGGCAGCUACAAAUUAACCUUGAAUUCCAAUGAGGAUUCCAUACAUUUACCACACUUUAAUGAUCAGCUGCAUGCAACAAAAAUCAAUAAUUUACCAGAUGUUCUACCGUUAGGCGUCAAAAUGAAAAGCGUGUCGACGACACGUUAUGGUUCUAAUACGACCUUAAACAAUGGCAACAACGGCGAUGUAUCAAACAGUGUGAUAAAUAAUGAGAAACUGAACCACCAUCGUCAUCAUCAUCACGGUAACAAUAUCGGAAGUUUCCCGAAUGGCAAAAUGAAUGCCAUGAUGAAUUCAACCAAAUACAUUUCGCAAUCGACGAUCGAUUUGAAACGAGCCCAUCACCUAUUCAAUAACAGUGUUUGCGCACGAAUUACAAAUACCGAAUCGUUAGGGAACCUACUUGAUUGCUCCAAUCAUCGGCAAUCAUCGACACCAAAUCUGCAGCCAUUGAUUUCGCAUACAAAUGAACAUCGCGCACAAAUUACCGGUACAAAUCUAACGGUAUCCCAGCACAAUGCAAUGAAUACAAAUGGCUUGGUGCAACCACCAUUGCAACCGCACAACGAUAAAGGUAACACGAUACGGUGCAAUGAUAUUAUGGAUUCGUUGCUUUCGGCACGCGAUCAGGAUGCAAAAAUCAGUCAAUUGCAAAACAAACUAUUGUCAUCGCAACGUAUUCAUCACGCUAAUAUUGCCGAAAUUAAUGAUGAAGAUGCGUUCAACGAUUGCCUCAGUACCGAUGAUUCAUCGAGCGUAUCGCAAUUAUCAUCGGAAUCCAUAUCAUCCGUUGAACUGAAUGGCGAUCAAAAUUACAAGGAGUCACCAAAUCAAAAACCCACCAUCGUCAUAAAAUCAGACGCAAAGGACGACAAGCACAAUGAUGGUGAUAGCAGUCAAUUAGCUGAUGAUGUGGCAGCAAUAAAACUCAACGAAAUGGCCACAUUAGAAGUUGGAUCUCAAACAGACGAAAGUAUUUCAGACGAAAACAAUGGUUGCAUGUCAACAAAUGGCAUCGAUGCCGGUGGCACAAUGCAGCCGAGAACAAAAACAGAAAUUGUGAUUCAAACGAAGUUGACCGACGAAUUUGAUUGUAAAAAGCUCACCGAAUCACUAGUUGAGCAGUUGUUACCAAACGAUCGUCUGCGGAACAUUCUAGCUCCAAAAGUGUACAAAUCGACCAGUGAUUAUGUGACUGGUUUAUAUAAUCCAAAAAUGGCAUCGCGAAGUACUAAAAAAGAUGCGGGUACGUCGAUGCAUCGUGAGCAACAUCUGGACCUAACCGAAAACACACCGUUGAAUGGAAGCUCUUUCUCCAUGAAUGACUCGAACCAUCCGAUAUUCUCGCGACAUGUGAAUGGAAGUCGAUUCAAUCGCGAUGUGCAGCUGAUCAAUGGUGAUGUGUGCGAUUUAACCAAACAAAAAGAAGAGCUCGUGAUUCGUUUAACGAAACAAUUAGUGGCAUUGACGAACGACCGAACAAUAAUUACCGAUCAAAAUACCACAAACGAUUUGCUCGGUACAGACAUAUCCAGCAUUGUGGCACAAAAAGUACGGCCCAGCGAAGCAAGCAAAUUUCGAUCACAUGUUGAUGAUGUUGGCCAUAUUACGAUGCUAUUGCUAUCGUUGUCUGCCCGAUUGGCGCGCAUCGAAAAUAGCUUAUUUAAUAUGUCAGAUGCGACUGAAAAGAAAACACUUGAAGGAAAACGAGUUCGUCUGUUGGAACAGUUGGAUGAAGCGAAACGACUCAAGAUUGAUAUUGAUCGGCGCGGCAAAUUGAUCGCACAAAUUUUGGAGAAAAAUCUUACGCCAAAAGAGUAUGCUGAUUAUGAUUAUUUCAUCAAUUCGAAAGCGAAAUUGAUCGUGAAUUUACGUGAAAUCACCGAUCGCAUCCAACAAAGUGAAGAGCAAUUAAACGCACUCAAAGAGACCUUAUUGCAUAGUGAAUGCUGACUUAUUAAGACAAAAACCAUUGUUGAUUCUUUUUUUCCUUCAUAUUUAAGGUCGCAAAUGUGUGAUGAGUACUGCAUAAACAUUUUAAAUAUUGUUUUUAAAGAACUAAACCGAAUACAUUCAGUUAACAUAGUAUCGGUACCUGAAGGUUAGCUCCUAAUUAGCAGCAGCUCUAAAAUUGAAAAUAAUUUGCGGCUUUUUCUGGAGCUUACACCUAGGAACAUGGCAUUAUGUUAGCUGAACGUAUUCACUGGAACUAAAUGACACUUCUACGUUCAUUCAUCAAAUUUAACGCAAGUUUAUAGCAUGUAAUGUUCUCUCGACAACUUUCUGUUGUGCCUUUUAUCAACAUUUCAUUGUUGUAGAUUAUAUACUUUCUGUAUUUAUACUAUAUAUAUACCUAUAUAUUUAGAUGCACGUACAGAUCAAAGUAGUUGUCACAUCAAAUUGAUACUAGACAUUUGAAGAGAAAAAAAUAGAAAGUUUGCAAAAAUACCAACAACUCGCUGCCAAAAAACACGUUGAUUUGAAAUUCAAUCAUUUUUAAAAUGUAUCUUGUCUAUAAUCGACCAAUUUCUGAAUUCAUUUAAAACAAACACAGUUUGCUCAUUGAAUAACUGUACAGUGUACACAAGCAUCACACACUGAACCCAAGCAAAUCAAACAAAACACAACAAAAAAUAUAACCAAAUGAAUUUUUAUGUUUCACUUUGUUCUGUAAGUGCCUUGUGGAAAUAAUUCAAGAGAUAAAACAAAAGUUUUAAAUUUCUGUGAUCACUCAACACAGCAGAUUUCCAGAUUGAUUAAUCGGGCAGCUGGUUGCAACAAAAUUUUCAACGUAUUUUUGUGCUAUAAUCCAUAUAUAUUUUGAGUCACUGAAAACAAAAUUUUUAGUGCAAUAUGUAUGCGUGAAUGCUCAAAAAUCCGUCUCGAAAUUCAACGAAACUUUUUUUUAAUUCAAGACAAAUUUUGGUUAAAAUGGGACGCUUUACUGAUGAAUUUAUUUUUUUUUAUUUCGUCCCAAUCGAAUCGGUUAUACACUAAAUAAUUCAUCUCGAUGUGUGUGCUUCGAUUUUUUGUCAUUUCAUUUAUUUCAAUGGUUUAUUGUUGAAAUAAUGUUGAGAUGGGCAAAACGAUCGUUACCGAUUCAUAAAAAAUUCAAACAGAGGUACAAAUUACAGUCCACAAUGAACUGGCUUCGCCUCGACUUUGCUAUUUUUCACAUUCAAACAAUCAAAUCAUUCAUUCGCAAAUGCCUCUUUACAGUCGGUUCAAAACUCAUUGAAUUUACAAGUCAACGGAGUUCAAGCAAAACAAGAAGUUGUAGCAUUUCCCGGGUGAACAUGUACAGUUGUUAUGUUAUGCGAGGAAAUGUGUGCAAAUUGUGUGUUAGUUAACAUAUUGAAAAUUCAUUGUUUCUAACGCAUUCACCAACAUCUCUUUAUUCGCCUACUGCACACAAUUCUAGAUAGAGUAUGUUAGUGACUCUAACAUGAUUUCAAUUGCGCUGACUCGAUCCAAUUGGUAAACUAUCUGGAUAUGCACAUUUUCUUUCGAUCGUAUAUUUCGUGAUUUUUCUUUGCUAUGAAAUAAAAUUAUUCAACUAUAAUUUAGAAUGACUAUUUUAUUUAGGAUUAAUUUUCUAGUAGUAACUAAAUAAGAGAUUGAUUUCGCACACAAACAAAUAAUUACAAAUAAUUAGAACAAAUGCCUGUACUAUUUCAUCGUAUUCACAUUUUUAUGUUAUAUAUGUAUUCAAUUUUAUAUGAUUAAUAAAAUUAUUACCGAAUAAUUAAUUAA